AUCAAACGUAGACAGGAAUAAUUGUUCCGAACUAAAGAAUUCAACACGAAUACGAAUAUUUAGCUGGCAACAUGUGUAGUAUUACAAUGAAAGUUUUAUUUGUAAUGGCUGUAGCUGGCUGCGUCUUAGCAGCACCUGCGCCAGAGGCCACGCCCGAAAAAGCUGAGGGACGUACAUUUGGUCUGCUGGGAGGUGGUCUUGGAGGAGGUCUUGGAUUAUCAGUUGGCCUAAAUAGUGGGAUAUAUGGAGGUGGUGGUGGUGGUUAUCAUGGAGGUUAUGGUGGUGGUGGUUAUCAUGGCGGUUAUGGAGGUGGAGGCUAUCAUGGCGGUGGUGGUUAUCAUAGACCAGGUGGUUUUCAUGGUUAUCACGGCUAUCCUGGCGGCUAUGGAGGCGGUUAUGGUGGAGGAUAUGGUGGUGGUUAUGGCGGCGGUUAUGGUGGCUAUCCUGGUGGUUAUGGUGGUGGCUAUGGCCAUGGAGGUUAUGGUGGUGGUCAUUAUGGCGGUCAUUACAGUCAAUCUCAUCAUGAAGGUGGCUAUUAUGGUGGUCAUGGUGGUUUCCAUGGUUAGACCUAAGCUUUAAAAGACUUACACACUAGUUAACAAAAUCAGUCAUAUUUUAAGUUGUUUUUUUAAAUAUAUUUUUGUAUUGAAAAUAAAAAAAAAAAUCUUUAUAAAUA